AUGUCGUUGACAUCAAACAUGAUGCUUCAAGCAUCCCGUCUCGGUGGAAUCGUAACCAAACGUGGUGGAGCAACUGGUCUAAUGGUGCACAGGGACACAAAGGAGAACAACUUGAACGUUAAAUUCAAGUUCACACCAGAAAACGAAGAUAGAAUUAAGGCCAUCUGCGCUAUUUACCCAGAAGGCCACAAAGCUGGUGCUCUUAUUCCACUUCUCGAUCUUGCCCAACGUCAACACGGUUGGUUGCCGAUUUCGGCCAUGCACGAGGUCGCCCGCAUUUUGGAAGUUCCAAGAAUGCGUGCUUACGAAGUUGCCACCUUUUAUACCAUGUUCAAUAGGCAACCAGUCGGAAAAUAUUUCCUCCAGGUGUGUGCAACGACUCCAUGCAUGCUUCGAGGAGCCGAAACCAUCACAGAAACGAUCGAGAAGAAGCUUGGUAUCCAUGCUGGGGAGACGACGAAGGACGGACUCUUCACAUUGGCAGAGGUUGAAUGUCUUGGAGCCUGUGUCAACGCCCCCAUGAUCCAGAUUAAUGAUGACUAUUUUGAAGACUUGACACCAAAGGAUGUACAUGAAAUUCUUGAUGAUCUUAAAGCCGGACGUAAACCAGCGGCCGGUCCACGAUCAGGACGUCUUGCCGCUGAACCAUUUGGAGAACUCACGUCCCUCAAGGAGACUCCUCCAGGACCUGGAUUUGGAUUGCAGGCAGCUCUCAAGUAA